AUGACUCUAGACUCCUUGACUCGUGCACAGGCAGAAGUGAGCCACGUUCGUCUUAAGAACUCGCUCGUCCAAACGUCACAGACAUUCCGAGACCAUUUCCGCAGCGAGCAGGAGCUCUUUCGCACAAUUCCCGACUCUGAUAUCGAUAUUGUGCGGCUCGAGAGACUGAAUCAAUGCUGCAAGCGUGUGCGGAUAUGGCGGCGGCAGGUCACGAACCCGCUCUUGCAAUACAAACCGCAGCAGAGCUUUGGUGGGAAGGGAGGCCCCGGAGCAGCUUUAGGUAGUAAGAUUACAUCCAAGAAGCCCGAACGACGAAUGCACGCGAGCUUGCUCAUGUCGAUGAUCGUUGACAUGUACGAGCAGCGUGUCCUAAGUGAGGAGAGCUUUCCAGAGUUUGUAGUGCGCUUUCUGUCGCAAAGAUCGUCAAAUCGCCGUCUCGCGUUGGAUCAAUUGCACAGCACGAUAUCCACCACCCUUCACACCGCUUCAAAUCACGCUCGCGUUCGAGUGUUUGCUUCGCUUUGCGGCAUCGACGACAAGUUUAACCCACCCGAAAAGAUCAAAGUUUUCCUCCAUAUCUUGGAGAAUAUCUACCGAAGUAAGGUUGCCGCCAGUAUCAGUGCUUCUGGUGCAAACACCGCUCGAAUCGAGGAAGUCUCUGCUUCAAUCCCACUGGCUGAUGUUGUCUUCCAUAACGUUGGAAUUGCACAGAACGUGGCUCAGCAGGUUAUCACUGAUCUCUUCAGUGAUAAUUUCUACUGGAAUUUCCGCUUUUGGAUAGCUCCGUGCACAGAGCUGAGUGUGGACUGUUCGUGGCCUAUCGGUGUUUGUGAAGAGCUCCAGGAGCGUGCUCUCACGCUAGCCACAGCGUCACGAAAUACACUGCUGAAUACCCACCGAAAAAUUGACGGCGAUGCCUUUUUGGAGCUUCUCCUCGACGACUGGACAGCUCGUGCCAAGCAGCUCUACGCACUGCUAGAAACUGCAACAGAUCUUGAAGAGAGCGCAGGCCAUGAGCUGCUUCGCGCACGCCAACUGAUGCAAGAUUCGCGUAUGCGGCACCAUCCCACUUUGGACGAGGAGCGCCAACUCUUUGACCAGCUUAUCGAUGAGUACUGGAACGCGCCUGUACCUUGGUCCAGCGCCAAUGUCCAAGCUCGAAUUGCUAUGUUGACGGCUCCUAGACCUCUUACCCAACUUCAACAGCUCUUCGCAGUCUACGUAGCUGAAUUGCCACCUUGUCGACGUCUAUGGGAGUGGAGCAAUUGGCGCUGGGAAACAGAAUGGGAGUGGGGGGCACUUGUGCUAAAGUGA